AACCUAUACUUACGUUAAGGUUUAUAAUAUUCCAGGAAUCCUAUAUCUGUAAGAUGGAAUAGCACAAACAGUCCGGCAUUGAAGACGCUAGAGGAAAUGCCCGGGUUGUCUAAAUUGCCGGUUAUAGGGGCUCUACAUCAUUUUUUACCGGUAGUUGGGUCUAUUGGACACAUAGAAAAUUUCUUCAACCUAUACGGACAUUUUCAUAAAAAAUACGGCAGCUUUGUAAAAAUGGAAGGAAUUUUAUCGCGACCACCCAUGGUUAUUAUGUUUGAGCCUGAGCAUUAUGAUCAAGUAUACCGAGUAGAAGAAGAAAAUCCCUUGAGGCCAGGAUUUGACACUAUUGUCUAUUACAGAGAAGUGCUUCAGAAAUCCACGUUUGACGGGGUUUACGGUUUGACCACUGCACAAGGUGAAAAGUGGCGAGAUUUUCGGACCAAAGUGAAUCCAGCGUUACUGAAAUUAAAACUACUAAAGGUAUAUGCACCGGGGAUCGAAGAGAUUGCUACAGAGUUUGUUGAAAGACUAAAGAAAACAAAAGAAGAUCCAGUGUACCUCCAAAACCAUCUCUACGAUGAAAUGUCCAAAUACGCCUUAGAGGCUGUCGGAUUCGUAGGUCUCGGCGCAAGGCUGGGCACCUUGAGCGAAGACCUGACAGACGACCAUCCAGCCAGGCGCUUGCAGACGAGUGUUAAAGACAUCUUCGACUUGGCUAUACGCAUUGAAGCUCGGCCCAAGUUCAUGAAACAUCUGCCUACUGCGCCUUAUAGGAAGAUUCUGGCAGCCUGCGAUACACAGUGGGAGAUCAGCUCCAUGUACAUUGAACAAGCCAGAAACACAAUUAAAAAUAGAGGGCACGAGAUUCCUGAAGAAGACAAGAGCAUAAUAGAAAAGUUAUUGGCUAUUGACGAAAAAGUAGCUGUCAUGAUGGCAAACGAGAUGCUUCUGGCGGGAAUAGAUACGGUGUCUUUUGUCACAGUCGGUUUGCUGUACCACUUAGCUACGAACCCACAAGCACAGGACAGAGUAAGAGAAGAGGUCCGAUCUAGUGGCACCAGCAGGCGGUAUCUGAAGGCUUGCUUGAAGGAAUCUCUGAGGAUCUGGCCCGUUAUCCCCGCCAACCUACGCAGGACUACCAGAGAGCAUGUGGUUGGAGGGUAUUUACUGCCUAAAGGGGUGGAAGUCAUAGCCCCAAACGAGUUUCUUUCCAAACAAGAAAAAUACUAUCCAAGGCCCUUAGAAUUCAUACCAGAGAGGUGGCUUGCAGACAAGGCCGAUCCUUUGUAUUAUGGAAAUGCGCACCCCAUGGUCACUCUACCGUUUGGCUUCGGAGUUCGUAGUUGUAUUGGGAGGAGGAUAGCUGAGUUGGAGAUAGAAAUAUUGACUUCAGCUAUUGUGGAUAAUUUUGUGGUGAGCUGGCACGGUCCACCAAUCAAAGUAAAGACAACCAUAAUGAAUCUGUUCCAGAAACCGUAUAACUUUGAGUUUGAAAGUGUGAAGUAAUUUUUAUAACUAAAUGAAAAAAGAUAAUUCAGUUAAUCUUAAAAUAUAUAAUUUGCUUAU